UAAAGGCUGUAAUAUUACUAAUCUUUAAAUCCCGCGCCGUACUAAUGUCCUUAUAAAUAUUAGGGUGAUCCGUAUGAUACAUGAGUGAGUGUAGAGCACGAGCGUAUACGAGCGUAUACAAGCGAAGUUAAAGCUACAUGCAAGAACCAAACAGAAUAGCCUGACAGUUAUAACUUUUGCAGUCCUACUAUCCAGAUUCCAGCCACCAAAAUUUCAGGGCUUCCAGUUCUCAAUUUGGUGAGACGAGUCGGCGCACUCAAUUCUCUACCUAUUCCUUUUAACCUGUCCCAUCGCUGACCUACGCUAGCUCACAAACGAGAUAACUAUUACGUUUAUAGACAUUCGCUUCUUGAAACAUAUGCAUAUAGAUAAACAACGGAUGCGAGCGCUGGUUUUCUUUUACAUACGCCGUACAGUUGCAUUAGCAGUUCGCGAGGCUAAUAAAGGAGCGCGAUGUUGCUUCUUUGUCGUGAACUCGUGGGGCAGUGUAGCACUGAGCGCCGUUCUCGCGCAGCUGGGUACACUUUAUUUUGCAUUUAAUUGUUUGUCGCGUGUGACUUCGACCCCGAACCCGAUGAGUCGCGACUCCAACUAAGUGACGCUAGUCGAGGAAUAACGCUCGUUCAGUAUUAAAAAAUGAGCGUGAUUCCAAUGCGAGCUUUAAAGUUUCUUUGUGUCUCUCGUCUCACCGGUUGUGGGUUAUAAAUAUUGCAACAUCUCUCCAUUGAACCAAGUUUGACCGAGUGACUUCAACAUUGAUUAAUUUAAUUAAAAGUCAUGAGUACAAGGUCCACGGAAAAAGUAGUGGCUGCCUUUCGCAAGCUCUUUCGUUCGUCGGAAAAAAUUAACGAGCAGGAGCCAGACGAUGGUAGUUCAACAAAUUCUCCUUCUCGAAGAAUACUUGGAAGACAUCAUAGGCCUGAUGUCGUAACACCGGCCGAGGCUCCUCUGCUAGAUAAACCAAGUACAAGCCAGAUGAAUAAUGCAAACUGUUUUUUUAAAGCUAAGAAAUCUUCUGAAAAUUGCUCGCAAAGUAUAGCUGUGCCGGAAAGAGGAGUUCGUUUACGAAGACUGAUGAAAGAGUUUAGUGAAAUUCAAAGAACGCAGCAUCGUAGAGACUCAACCUUUACAGCCGAACUUGUUAACGAUAAUUUAUUCGAAUGGCAUAUUAGAUUACACAGAAUCGAUCCAGAAAGUGAACUUGCCGAUGAUAUGAAGGAGCUUGGAAUUCCUCAUAUACUUCUGCAUAUAAUUUUUCCAGAACAUUUUCCCUUUACGCCUCCAUUCAUGAGAGUAAUCUCUCCUCGCAUAGAAAAAGGUUUUGUAAUGGAGGGUGGUGCCAUAUGCAUGGAAUUACUUACACCUAGAGGAUGGGCAAGUGCUUAUACCAUAGAGGCUGUGAUAACGCAAUUUGCAGCGAGUAUUGUUAAAGGCCAGGGACGAGUGGCAAGAAAACCAAAGACUAAUAAAGAAUUCAAUCGACGUUCGGCUGAAGAGUCGUUCAGGAGCUUAGUCAAAACUCAUGAAAAGUAUGGCUGGGUCACACCGCCUUUAGCCGAAGGCUGAAUAUCAUUUUAUUUGACGGUGUGCCACAAGGAUCAAAUCCUUGUAUUCGAUUAUCUCCAUUUUUAACGAGUAUAUCUAACAAAUAUUCUUCAAUUUAUGCAAUGUAUAUUGUUAUGCAUAAAGGUAUUCGACGAAAAAUGGCGCAAAAUAAUUUCAAUUAGUCAAUUCAGCUAGUCUCUAAAUUAGGAAAAAAACUUUUGAAUAUAACUAAGAUAUUAAACUUGGUGGUUUCAAUCUCAUCGUUACUUUCUGCGCCGUUUGUCGCUAAUUACCCAAUUAAUUAUAGUUUUUGUUUGAACAAAUUUUUCAGUAAUUAUAAAACAAUAGACUAAUAUUUUUUUGCGAGCGAUUUCUUAACUACGAUUUCGAAAAUACGUAUUGUCUAGGUUAUAAAAGAAAGAAUCAUAUUAUAAUAUUUUAGAUACCAAAAUUUUUUAAAAGUAGAUUUCUUUCGGGUAAGCCAUUGCAUUACAUAUUUUCGAAGUCAAAAGUUCAAAUCGAAAAAAUAUAAGUGUAUGUGAAUAUUCACAUCUGGCUUAACAUUUUUAGAAC